AAUUUCUCUUCAAUCUUAUCCGUUAAAAAAUAAUAAAAAAAUCAAUCAUACUGUUGCUAUGUAGUUUAUGGAAUCCCAACUAUCGCAUAACGACUGCGCAACUUAGAUGGGUUUUUGGUGUUGUUGCAUCAUCUUCUUCAGUAUGUGUUAAAUUUUUGCUCCAACUUGACUGCUCAAGAGACAAAGAGGAAAUUUAUCCCUUAAAUUUUUCUCUGAAAAAUUCAAUUUAAAAUAGCAUUGAGUGAAUAAAAAGUGAGGGUGUACACUGCGGAAGCAUCCGGGUACUAGGCCAGCCCUCAGAAUGUCUGCCCCUGUACAGUGUUCCGUGGCCCCUGUCAUUGUUGUCACUGACAGCAGCAGAGAGAUGAUGUGCCCAAGUAGCGAUGCUAUGGCCAUCCCAUCUGCUGGACACGCCAGUGCUGGAAGUUGUGGUGAUGAGAUGAUGUCAACGACACCACCGCAAUCUCCACCACCAUCUGCACCGGCGUUGAUGACAGUGGUGCCCGAGACAGUGUCAGAGGACGCAAUGAUGAUGGCGGCACCGAAGCGUGGAACCCAGAGGACUUCGUCGUCAAUGGGGGGCAGGCUUGGGACUCCGGAUGCUGCUGUUAAGCGUCGUCAACAUCAACAAUCGUCAUCGUGCGCGCAAAAAAUGAUGACAUCAUCACCACCGCAUCAAGGGAUCAACAACAAUUCAUCAUCAUCAUCUCACCAACAAUCGACUUCGGAUGCAUCAUUGCCAAGUGAUUUGGAUGGUGCAACGGCAAUGGAUUACACCGGCAACAACGCAAACAACAAUAAUGGCUCAGCGUCUGUCACCUAUGUUGGUGAUAAUGGAAAUUUGUGCUAUCAGUAUAUGGAAAACAAUGUGAUCAAUUACCAUCUGCAGAGUAGCACUCUGGCUAACCUCACGAAUGACCAACUUCAUCAGAAACUGAAGGAAGCACUCGUUCUCGAAGAGAAAUUCCAUGCAAAUCUCUACCUACCACCCGAUCCUGAGGACAAUGAAAUUACUGUCGGUGCUAGAGACGGAGCAGCUCAUGUGCUUCGUUGCCUCAAAAUGUGGUACGAUCUUCCACCGGAUGUCCUUUUUGCCGCCAUAAAUCUCGUCGAUCGUUUCUUGGCGCGUAUGAGGGCACGCCCAAAGCACAUGGCGUGCAUAAGCGUUGGGUCUCUCUAUCUGUGCAUUACGCAAUUGGGUAUUGCAAAGAUUGAUGCUGCCGAUCUCGUGGCCAUCUCCCAGUGUCGCUGUACGGCUGGUGAUCUCGAACGUAUGGCUGCAAUUAUUUCCACAAAACUCGGUGUCCAACCAUCAACGGUUCCCGUGACGGCGCUCACAUUUGUCCGCAUCUACUAUCAUAUGUUCCGCAAUGCAGCUUUCCACCUGGGACUCGGGGAGUUCUAUGAUAAAGCCAUCUCCCUGGCAGAUCUCGAGCUACGGCUGGAGAUACUCAUUUGUGAUGCUCUCUGCGUGAGUGUUCGUGCAUCUGAAUUGGCCCUGGUGCUCGUGUGUACGCAAAUGGAUGCCCAUGUGAAUAGCUACGUUAGCUCGGCAAAUCCCAUGAUUUCGGGUCUUGUGGAUUUUGCCAUUGAACUCCAAAGGAUGGCAAAGAUCCCCGAUCCGAGCUUCUUCCGUAGCCACAGCCUCGUUGUGCGCACACUGACGCAAUACAAUGCCCAGAAGAAGACCCCAUAUAGGCAGCGUCUUGUCUGGAAGUUGUCAUCGCGUACGAUGCGUGUCCUGCGACCCACCCACAGACUCAAUUCUCACCUGCCAACAAUUGAUGAGCACAAAACUGUCAACAACAGCCGAAGUCUUCCUCGUCACCGAAAUUGCAGCUUCAGUUCAGAUGACGAUGAUGGUGAAUGGUCAAGUUUGGUUUAUAAUUAGUGAUCUUAUAUAUUAAGUUCUUCACGUACACACCCCCUUUUCCCCCUUUUUCCCCUUACUAAGUUAGGAAACUAAAUGAGAAGAAAAAAGAAGAAAAAAUGAAACUCAACAAUUAAUAAAAAAAAAUGAACAAAAGUGUUUUAAAAAAAGUGUGAGUGUUGUGUUUUCAAAAAGAAAAUGGCAUUACUCCUAACUGCGAAGGCACGGACCAACACCAACAAGAGCGGCAGUGCACCUUCGAGAGGGAGGAGAGUGCAAAAAAUCAAAAAAACACAAAAGUGAAGAAAAUGAAAAAAAAGUUUAAAAAAGUACAAAAUAUCUUUUUAAAAAAAAAUAUCACAUUUAUUUAGUUCUUAGACUUACAGUGAAAAAAAAAAUAUAUUCUUUUCUUAUCAUUGAGAGAAAAUUCUUUUUUUGAAUAAAAAAAAAUGUUUUAAAUUUUUUUUUUGUGAGAAAACAAUCUUGUCAAAAUUCUUCCACAGAAGCUGAGUGAAGAAAAAAAAGGAAUCUUCAAAGAAGAAUAAAUCGAUGAAAAAGAGAAUAUUAUUCGUAUGUGUGUGUGUUUGAGAAGAAAGAGGAAUUUAAACAUUGCAUAAAAAAAAGAAGAAAGAACUUGUGAAGAGAAUAAACUCAUCUUUUACAAAAAAAAGAAGAAAAAGAAACAAAUCUAAUUACAAUUAAUAUUAGAACGUGAUGUGCACAUGUAACUUCAUAUUUUUUUUUCCUAAAAACAAAAAGAAAUCCAUUAUUUUUCUUCAUAUUUACAUCUCUUUAGAAAAAACAAUGUAAUUUAAGGAUUUACUGUGUAAGAUUUUUUAAAUGUUAUAAGAAAAAAAUAAUAAAAUAUAGAUGUGUAGGGAAUAAUCCUCCCCUAAAAAAAGGACAUUAACGUGCGAUUAUUGGAUUAAAAUUAUGCGAAAACACUGACAAGGAAAAAAAAGUGUUGCAAGAAACAAAAACUUUGUCAUACGCCGACAAGUAAAUGAAGAAAAAAAAAUUCUCUCGAGUUGCAAAAUUUUCUUUUUUUAUCCUCCUAAAAAAGAUCUGUUUUGUAAGAUUUAGAAUGCAAAAAAAUAAAUAAAAUUUGAGCACAUUUCACUUCGUAAAUUUGCAAAGAAAAUCGAUUAGAAAGGAAAUUAUUGACCAAAUUGGAUAAAAGCUCCAUUGAAAGAAAAAAUUGCGAGAUUUAGCUAUUCGCCAUUGUUUGAGAACGUAUGACAGUCUCUCAUUGUCUGUGUAACUAAAUAUUAUGAUAAAAAAUCUUCAAGAUUGAAAAGUUGCAAUUUUUUUUUAAAAAACGUAAAAAAUGAGGUAAAAUACAGAAAAUUAGUAACGCAAAA